GGCACUUUACGACAGCGGCGGUGACAGGCCCUGGGGACAUCUGACUUCCUCCCUUCAUCUGGGCGAAAGCCGACGUGAUGUUCGGGGCCGGAGACGAGGAUGACACCGACUUCCUCUCGCCGAGCGGCGGUGCCAAACUGGCUUCUCUUUUUGGACUGGAUCAAGCAACUCUGGGCCAUGGAAAUGAAUUCUUCCAGUACACAGCCCCAAAGCAGCCUAAGAAAGGCCAGGGAAUAGCAGCAACAGGAACUCAGACAGCACCAAAACCAGUAACAGCCACCACAAGCAGUUCCUCAGUGCUGUUUGCAACUGCAGUGUAUGCAUACCGAUAUAUAAAUAGUCAAUAUGCAAAGCAGGGCAAAUUUGGAGCUGCUGUCCUGGGGAACCACACAACCAGAGAGUAUAGGAUUCUUCUUUACCUCAGUCAGCAGCAGCCAGUGACUGUUGCUACAAUUCAUCUGAACUUUGAGCUAAUGGUUCGGCCCAAUAACUACAGCACCUUUUAUGAUGACCAGAGACAAAACUGGUCUAUCAUGUUUGAGUCAGAGAAGGCCGCUGUGGCGUUCAAUAAGCAGGUGUGUGUGGCCAAGUGCAAUAGCGUUUCUUCCUUGGAGACAGUGCUGUGUCAGGACCUGCUUGCAGCAGAGGGCCCUGCUGUGGACACUGGAGAUUCCUUACAAGUAGCCUAUACAGGCUGGCUCCUUCAGAAUCAUAUGCUGGGCCAGGUUUUUGACUCUACCUCUAACAAAGAUAAACCACUUCGACUGAAAUUAGGAUCAGGAAAAGUUGUCAAGGGCUUAGAGGAUGGACUACUGGGCAUGAAGAAAGGAGGAAAGCGGUUAAUUAUCAUUCCUUCAGCCUGUGCUUCUGGCUCUGAGGGAGUAAUAGGCUGGACCCAGCCAGCAGACUCCAUCCUGGUGUUUGAGGUAGAAGUUAGGCGGGUGAAGUUUGCCCGAGAUUCUGGCUCUGAUGGUCACAGCAUGUGCUCCAGGGAUUCUGCAGCCCCCUCCCCCGUACCCACUGCUGACAGCCUCUCAGCUGAUCCUGUUGUGACACCACCUGCAACACUGCCUCUCAAACCCGGGGAGCCGGUUCUUCGUUCCAAAUCUAACUCUCUCAGUGAGCAGCUUACUGUAAAUGUAAGUCCUGAUACAGUCAAGGCCAAGCUGAUCUCUCGGAUGGCUAAAAUGGGUCAGCCCAUGCUGCCUAUCCUUCCACCACAGCUGGACUCCAAUGACUCAGAAACUGAAGAUGCAAAUGUGUUUCGAGGAGCUGGGCAGCCCCUAGUGACACCGCCUGUUCAGCCAGCUCAUCCGGUGUUACCACAGAUGGCCUCACAGGCACAUCAGCCAUCUGUUUCUGGGCUCCAAACACCCUCUGCUGCCUUGAUGCAAGUUGCACCCCUCGAUUCCCACUCAGCUGUAUCUGGAAAUGCUCAGAACUUCCAGCCCUAUGCAGGUAUGCAAGCUUACACAUAUCCCCAGGCAACCUCGGUUGCCUCCCAGCUGCAGCCUGUUCAGCCCUUGUACCCGACACCACUGUCUCAGGCUCCCCACUUCCAAGGAUCAGGUGACAUGAUGUCCUUUCUCAUGACUGAAGCGAGGCAACACAACACUGAAAUUCGAAUGGCAGUCAGCAAAGUGGCUGAUAAAAUGGAUCAUCUCAUGACUAAGGUCGAAGAGUUACAGAAGCAUAGCUCAGGCAAUUCCAUGCUUCUUCCUAGCAUGUCAGUCACAAUGGAAACAAGCAUGAUUAUGAGCAACAUCCAGCGAAUCAUUCAGGAAAAUGAGAGACUGAAACAGGAGCUCCUUGAGAAAAGCAGUCGCAUAGAAGAGCAGAAUGACAAGAUCAGUGAACUCAUUGAACGAAAUCAGAGGUAUGUUGAGCAGAGUAACUUGAUGAUGGAGAAGAGGAACAACUCACUUCAAACAGCCACAGAAAACACACAGGCAAGAGUAUUGCAUGCCGAACAGGAGAAGGCCAAGGUGACAGAAGAGUUAGCAGCAGCCACUGCACAGGUCUCUCAACUGCAGCUGAAAAUGACGGCUCACCAGAAAAGGGAGACAGAGCUGCAGGUGCAGCUGACAGAAAGCCUGAAAGAGACAGAUCUUCUCAGGGGCCAGGUCACCAGACUCCAGGCUGACCUCUCAGAGCUCCAAGAAGCCUCUGAGCAAACACAGUCCAAAUUUAAAAGUGAAAAGCAGAGCCGCAGACAGCUGGAGCUCAAGGUGAAGUCCCUGGAGGAAGAAUUGACUGACCUCAGAGAUGAGAAGGAGUCCCUGGAAAAGAACCUCUCAGAAAGGAAAAAGAAAUCAGCUCAGGAGCGCUGUCAGGCUGAGGAAGAGAUGGAUGAGAUUCGCAGGUCACACCAGGAGGAACUGGACAGACUUCGGCAGCUCUUGAAAAAGGCUCGAGUAUCCACAGACCAAGCAGCUGCAGAGCAGUUGUCUCUCGCACAGGCUGAGCUGCAGAGCCAGUGGGAAGCAAAGUGUGAGCAUCUUUUGGCCUCUGCAAAGGAUGAGCACCUGCAGCAGUACCAGGAGGUGUGCACACAGAGGGAUGCCUACCAGGAGAAGCUGUCUCGCCUUCAGGAUGAGUGUGUAACUCUUCAGGACCAGGUUGCAGCCUUAACUGCACAGAAUGAGCACAUCCAGCAACUGGAGAAGAAUAAGUCCCAGGCACCUGCACUCAGAGCUGCCGCUGACCCCUCAGAGAAGGUCAAGAAGAUCAUGAACCAGGUGUUCCAGUCACUGAGGGGAGAGUUUGAGCUGGAGGAAUCUUAUGACGGCAAGACCGUCCUGAGGACCAUCAUGCAUACAAUCAAGAUGGUGACCCUGCAGCUGUUGAACCAGCAGGAGGAAGAGCAGAGAGAGUGCAGCAGUGAGGAGGAGGAGAAGCCUUUGAGACCUUCCUUGGAGCAGCCAGGCCCUGCCACUCCUGGGCUGUCUCCAGCACCCUCAAGUGGGGAAAUGCAGGAGGCCCCCAAGGUUCUGCCAGAACAGGUAGUAGGGGAGACUACCCCACUGCCUCCACAGGCUCUCCCCAUGCCACAGAAUGGUGUACAGACAAGGAAAGGGGAGCCCUCAGACACAGAGGUACCCUCAGAAAUCAAAGACAGUUCUCUCCCUCCUCUGCCAGCUGACAUCCCACCCCACAGAGUCCUCGGGCCCCCGACUUCAAUCCCACCUACACCUCCAGGACCUGUAACUAUGAACUCUGAGUGUGAGGAGACACUUGAUGCUGGCCAGAGAACAGUGCAGCCCAACAACCUAUUGGGAGAAGAACAUGUCAGGGAAGUAGCCUCAGAUGACACACUACAAGGAAGCUCCAGGAGAUUGCCACUGACUCCAGACCCUGCAAAGGGGGAGACAUCAGCCUUAGACCCUGAAAGCCAAGGAGAACUUCAGCCUCCUGAGCUCAAAGAAGUUGAGAGUGUCAGUAGUUCUGGUCCCCGUGAGACACUGUUAGACACAGAGCUUGCUUCUGUGGCUGCAGGAGCAUCCCUUGGACACACCCAGGACUCCCAGCACUGCAGUCUGUCUGGGGAUGAAGAGGACGAGCUGUUUAAAGGGGCAACUCUAAAAGUUCCGAUGCCCAAAGCCCAGCCCGAGGAAGAGGAUGAAGACGAGGUGGUAAGGAAAUCUCAGGCUCUGCAGAGUCCUCACACCACCACCUGGGGGCUCUUCCCUGCAGGGCCAGAAAAGAGAAAAGGAGGCUGUUGGUGGCCUGCUUCCUGGACUCUGUGUACAGGACCCUGUGGGAGUAAACUUGGGGCCCAGAGUGGACAGCUCUGUAAGCAGAGAGCAGAUGGCCAGCUGCCACUGUACUCUUAAAAGAGGACACCAUAGCUUCGUCACCUGUGGAAUCAUUCCCAUUUAGAGUGAGGGAAGGUGGGAAAGGUUCUGAAGAUCAGCUUCUUGGGUCUCCUCAUCCCUAGACAAAGAAAACAGGUCAGAAGGAUCAUUCAUAGAAAGCUAAUGGUAGAUUAGGACUGAGCCCAAGCUCUUCUUGGAGCUGCUUGUUUCUAAGGACCUUUGCUCACCCAGCCCACUUCUAGUCUGCUGCUUGUUUUGUCAUGUUAAUACUCUGGGCAGCCCAUGGGUCCAGUGUUGACAGUGUAGCUUCAAGUUGGGAACAGGAAAGUCAGGGACAACAAGGGAAGUUGCUGACAGAGACAGGAUUGGAGCCCUGGCUUCUGCAGCUGAACUUGAUCAUUUGGGCUCUGUAAUGGGAAUUUCGCUGUCAGGAAAUGAAUGUAGAGGAGACAGAAGGGGACAGAACCAUGAGGUUGAUAUGGGCAAAGCCUAGUGCCCUUUUAUACCACUCAUCUGGAUUGAGUUUUGCUUUCUGCCAGAAGGCAGUGACAUCUGGAACCUAGCUUAGGUGGACCUGAGCCUUUCUCUCUUGCCUGCCUACCUUCAGAGAAGCUAUACCUAUUCCUCCCACUGACUUGUCUGCUAAAGAAUUGAGUUUGCAUUUGAGAAUACUAACUACAAAUUCUGCACAAAUACAAAAGAGAAAGGAUGAGUAUCCCAAAUGAUGAGCAAUAUGAUGAUGCUAUUACUGUCAGUUUAAUCAAGCUAAUAAUCUAUUUCUUGGGUAUUCAGGAAAAUAUUUCACAUUCUCGUUUAACCUUCUACUGAUAUGUCCUAUAGAACAGAGGAAUACGGUUCAGAGAGAUUAAAUAAUAUAAUUCAGGUUAUAUGAUGUGUGAACUCCAAGCAGAGCCUUAGUCAGAACAAGACAGAAGCUGUGGUCCACAUUUCAAAGUCCUGCCCAGGCAGCUUUUCAGAAUUACUUAGUUGAUGCCUAGAGAGAAAUACAGGUCUGCUAAUAGAUGGGCUUUAGGUUGAACUCAGAGAACUCUGUACAGUACAGUCUUCCCUUGGGCUGAAUCCCUGGUUAGCAGAAGCUCACAGAGUGGAAAAUGUCCCAGAGACUAAUACAGUGUUACAUUUGUCUGUAGCAUCAACCCCUGUUGUCACCCUAGCAAGCCAGAAGAGAAGCCAGAAGCUUAUAAACAUGAAAAGAGCAGGAAAAUCUCCUCCAUGGCUCUUUGUGUUAGUCAGCAUCAUCCCUGGCACAAAUGCCUGAUACAGGAAGCAUUUAAAGAGAGAAUGUGCAUUUUUGGCUCACAGUUUCAGAGGUUUUUAGUCCAAGAUGAGUUCAUUCCAUUGGUUUUAGGUCUGUGGUAAGAUGUGUGUGGGAAAAACCAGUCUCUUAAUGGUCAGGAAGUGAAAAGACCAAGAAAGGAGGGGCCAGAGCUUCUGUUCCUUUUAUGGGCAACCUGCAAUCUGAGACCUUUUACUGGGCCCCAUCAAAAAAAGGUUUCCACCGCCUCCCAAUGGUACCAAGCUAGGGACUUGAACCUUUCCAUAGUAGCCUUUGGCUGGGACUCUUAGGGAUCCUAGCAUGCUUCAGCCCCUUUAUUCCACUCCCCCAUUAAAGAGAGCAUGGGCCCUGCCUUUGUGGGCUUUCUUUACCUCUUAAGGUAAUCCUUAAGACUUUGCCUCUAUCUAUAUUCAUAUCAUUCUGAAUUUGUCUGGUCUCUUCAGGCUAUAGCUGCCUUUCCCAUGUGACUGUACUUUUUCAAACCUCUGUAGUUUUUCCUUAUUCUCCCAGGCUGGCUUUGCUUCUGUUUCUUUCUCUUAUCUGGUCUCUCCUCAGUGACCCUUCUUUUUUCACACAAAAUGUGUAAGUUGGCAUAUUUGUCCAAUCAAUACAUGUGUUUCACAAAUAAACUACAAAAUUAGCCAAGUAAAGUUGGUCUUUUGUCUCUGUUGAAAGAUGGCUUCCCUCUGUGCCUGCUUGUCCCAGCAUUAUCUGAAAUGCUUCAGUUCUCUAGCCACAAAGCCUGUCUUUCCAGUUCCUCUCCUUUCCAGCCAAAGGCAGGACAGACACUGGACCAUACUUCCCCUUGUAGGCAGGAAGACACCUGGGCAGGGAUAAGUGAGGA